AUGCCGAAGUCUCUCCAGAAGGUCCAAAAGCAUAUCGCUAAAAAGCGUGGAGUCGUCGAAGCUCUUCAUGAGAACAGCCGAGAUGCGAAAAGGCUGCGUCGGGCCAGUGCGAGAGAUGAUCGAGUCGCUCGAGUCAAUACAAAUCUAUCCCGAGGAAGACUACAUUAUGUGGACCGGAUUACCUAUUUCCAAGAGAAUAUCCCUGAGGAAAGUGAGCCGUUUUCCGAUAGAGACAUGAUGGACGUGGUCACACGGUAUAUAAACCGCAGCGUCCCUGAGAUCGAACAAUUACAAAGUGAGCGCCGGAAAGGCCGACCUCCCAGUAAGCGGGAAGAGGUCUUGCUACAACGAACUGAUUUAGAAAGCAAGGAAUAUAAGACGGGUUUCUGGAUGCCUGAUAUUAGCCAGAGAGAUGUGAUUAAGGCUCUUGCGGCAUGGAAUGGCGACUGGUCUGGUCUCAGUACGAUGAAAUUCAUUCGGAUCACCAAAGAUGGUGGGAAACAGUCGUCGGCAUUUCCUCCGAAAGGAAUGUCAUAA